AUGUCUUCGAAUGAUCUUCCUCAAUCAAAGAGACAUAUCACAACAAACGAUAAGAACGGCAUUUCCACUUUCUCGUCUGAUAUUUCUUCGAACCCGCCAUCCCGAACAUUACCGGACGGCCUCAAGAUAGCGUUCUGUUAUGGUAGUGGACAAUUUCCUGUUGAGCUGAAUGGUAACAACGACCUAGAAUCCUAUCAGUAUCUGAUUGACAAUCCACCUGGGAUUGUGGUUGAGAAAGGGGUCGUGUUCCGCAUCAUUGAUUUCCCGCCUGGUUACACUUCAGCAAUGCAUCGCAGCAUAAGUGUCAAUUUCAAUGUGGUCAUCGAAGGCCAGCUUGAGUUGAUUUUAGAUGGCGGCGAACGACGGAUACUCGACCGCGGUGAUUCCGCCAUUCAACGGGCUGUCAACCAUACGUGGAGAAACACAAGCACGGUUGAGUGGGCGCGCCUGGCUGCAGUGCCAAUUCCAGCGGAGCCUUUGCAUUUUGCGGGUCUGGCUGUUCAAGAGAGUGGUGUUGCUGGAAUGGCAGCUUCAUCCUAG